AUGUCAGCCGGUGAACCAAUAUUCGCCGUGAACGAGAAAUGUGUGUGUCUCUAUCAAGAAACGGUUCCCUAUGAGGCAAAGAUAAUGGGUAUGAAGGAAGUGAAUGGCAUCCAACACUAUUUGGUUCACUAUCAAGGAUACGCUGUCACGGAUACUCCAGUAUCGCCUAUGACUAAAUCCAAUAAGAGAAAAGGUCCAGGACGGCGGCAAAGCAGAGUGAAAACGACACCUGUUCCAAUUGAUUUUGAUGAGGAAGGCGAUGAAGGGCUACCAGCAAAGAGAGUCUGCAAUCUGCCAGAAGAAUUCGAAUUGUCGCCACCACUGAUUCAAUUACUAAAUGACGAUUGGUUGAUGGUCAAACAGCUGCAAAUGACUGUGAAGAAUCACGCAGGUCCAUCGAUCGACGAAAUCAUCAAACAGUACAUCCGUACGAUUUCCGUGAACAACGAGGAGCUCCGAGAGUUUGAAGAUGGCGAAAACCACGAGACCACGGAAAUUGCAUUGAUUCAUUCGGCUCGUUCUCUUGUUGAUUAUUUUAAUUCGGAUCUGGGAUUCCGUCUGCUCUACCCAAGUGAGCGCUCCCAAUACAACGAUCUCGUUCAGAAGGAAGCAAUGGCGUCGGGCGUUUCAUUCAAAGAAGUGGGAUACUUUGGGUUCAGAGCUUCCGCCCAUUAUGGUGUCAUUCAUCUUGUCAGGCUUAUUUCGAGACUGCCGAAGGUGACGGCGAAUGUACAAAUCAAUGGAGGACGUAUGAGUCACAUCAAAAUUGGAAUCUCCUCGAUCAUAGAAUUUCUCACCAACCACAUGAAGACGUUCUUCCGCGAAAAAGCCCAUUACCGUUCUCAAUAUGAGGACGAUGAGAACGAGGAAGCCGAAAAUUCGAACUAA